CGCGUCACUCUUAGCACACCCGCUCGCUGAUUGGCGGCGGUCUCGCGGAGGCCGGAGGGGCGGGCUGAGGUGGUCGGUGGGCAGGAAGGCGCUAUGGCGGCGGUGGCCCAGUGCGUGCGGGGCGCGCUGCGCCCGCGGUACCCGCUGCUGAGCUUCUCCCUGAGGACUUCUCCACGACUGCUUUGUGUAGCAACGCAACAGAAAAAUACUGGCCAGAACUUGGAAGAGGACCAGAGUCAGAGCCAAAAUGAGCAGAAGGUUGAACCCAGCUCUGCUGAAAAAAUGCUAACUGAAGAAAAGGCCAAACUGGAAGAACAACUAAAAGAAGUUACUGACAAGUACAAGCGUGCCUUGGCAGAUGCUGAAAACGUGAGGCAAAGAAGCCAGAAACUGGUAGAAGAGGCAAAGUUAUAUGGGAUUCAGAGCUUCUGUAAGGACUUACUAGAAGUUGCAGACAUUUUGGAGAAAGCAACAGAAAGUGUUCCAAAAGAAGAAAUUAAGGAUGAAAAUCCUCACUUGAAGAGCUUAUAUGAAGGUCUUGUUAUGACAGAAGUACAGAUUCAAAAAGUGUUUAAAAAACAUGGCCUGCUCAGACUGAAUCCUGUCGGAGCCAAGUUUGAUCCAUAUGAACAUGAAGCAUUGUUCCAUGCUCCCAUGGAAGGGAAGGAGCCUGGCACUAUUGCGUUAGUAUCCAAGAUCGGCUAUAAGCUGCAUGGGCGUACACUGCGGCCUGCCUUGGUGGGUGUUGUGAAAGAUGCUUAACUGCUUAAUCUGAGAAUUUAAAAUGCCAUACAACUAUUAAACAGCUGGAUGGUUUUUCUCUUACAUCAUGCUUUCCUCAUUCCUCUGCCCCGAGAGGUGUAAAUGAACUGGUUGGGCUCUCCCAGUGAAAAUGAAGCAACAGAUGAAAUUCUUCUGUUUAGUGGCCUUCAACAUCACUGUUCUGGAAGCUCUCUUCCUAAGUGUGACAUACAAGACCCAUUAAGCCCUCUAAUGCUUUAGAUUAGAUUACAUUUUUUUACAACUAUUGCUACUGAAGGUGUGUUAAGUUGAAAGGAACAAAACACAAGAAUUUUGCAAUCUCACAUUUAUCACUGUGCGUAGAUUGAAAAUCCAAAUAGUGGUUCAGACACUUCCUUUUGUUUUGUAGAAUCUGAUGUUGCAGAAGUGGGUGAAGUAGUGCAAAUAACCCAUUUUCUGCAAGCAUCCAUCAGCUGUUACACACUGAUGUGAUAUUGACUGUUUAUUCAGAAAUCAUCACAACAAGUGAAAUUUAAACCUGUAUGAAUUCUGACCUGUAAAUAAAAGGCAAUGGAGAGUAGACAUCUUUUGUAAUUGUUCAACCCUUUUUGUUCUAUAGUAACGUUGACUCAAGAAAACCAUCAAAUACUUGUAUGGCAUUGAAGAACCAACAGAAUUUAUCCUAUCUCUGGAUUUUUAAUUUAAUAUUGUAUAAAUUGGUUUAAACAAUUUUGGUAGUCUUGUAAGUUCCAAGCUCUACAAUCAGUUUGUUAUGCAAACUGUAGUUACAACCCUGCUGAAAGCCAGAAUAGCCAAAGAAGUGAGUAGCUAAGAGUUUGAUAUAUACUGUCUUUUAGAAUUACAUAAAUAAUUGCAUGUAAGUAGGUAAGUGGCUCAAAAACCAUGAACUUAGUUUCAACUCCA